AACUGCGCCGUGAUCACUUAGUUAGCCAACGGCAACAGCAACGACAACGACACACAAAAUGAGCCAGCUGGAGGAGAAUUUACCCAAGCAAUUGGAGGUGACCCUUGCGAUCGCUGAGAACAACAAACAGGAUGAUUCAUCGACAGCAGCUGGCGAACAAAAUUCAAAUCCAAAUCAGCCUGCAGACUUUGAGACGGCAAUUGAUACGGCUGGAUUUGGACUGUUUAAUAUAUUGCUGCUAUUGGUGGCAAUUCCAGCGGCGAUGGGCACCGUGUAUGAGACUUCAACGAUGUCGUAUAUUCUGCCCAGUGCCGAGUGUGAUCUGCAUUUGAGUCUGCUGGACAAGGGAGUGCUGAAUGCCAUCACGUAUGCGGGCAUGAUCUCAUCGGCCGUCUUUUGGGGCUAUUUGGCCGACACAAAGGGUCGACGCAAGCUGCUCAUUUAUGGCUAUUUGGCCGAUACGAUUUGUGUGCUAGGCGGUGCGCUCAGCCAAAACGUUGUCCAACUGAUGGUGUUCAAGUAUUUAGGCGGUUUCACCAUGAGCGGACCCUUUGCCGUGCUAAUGACCUAUUUGACAGAGCUGCAUGGUCGCAAAUAUCGUCAACGCGUUAUUAUGUCGGUGGGCAUUAUGUUCUCCAUGGCAACGCUCAGUUUGCCCGGCCUAGCCAUGGGCAUUUUACCCCAACCCUGGGACAUUGACAUCUGGGGACUGUCAGUGCAUUCAUGGCAGAUUUUCGUGGCAAUCACGGCGCUGCCCAGCAUCUUGAGCUUCGUGCUGUUCCCCUUCUUUCCCGAGAGCCCCAAGUUUCUGAUGUCCCGCGGCCGCAACGCCGAGGCGCUGGAAGCGUUCCGUUUUAUCUAUGCACUGAAUACGCGACAGCCGCGCAGUGCAUUUCCCAUCAAGGAGCUGGCAAGCGAAGUGGCUGCCAAGUCAACGCCGCCCACGGACAGCAAUUUGAAGUUACCCGAGCAGCAGCAGCAGCAGCAGCAACAGCAGAAGGAAUCUGAUGUGGAGCAGGCAGCUGGCAAAGCAAAGAGCUCGUUGCGUUCGGGUCUGGUGCAGUUGCGUCCGUUGUUCGUCAAGCCGUAUUUGGGUCUGUCCCUUUGGGUCUAUUUGCUUAACUUUUGCGUACUUUUGGGUCAGAAUACGAUGCGUCUUUGGCUGCCGCAACUGUUUGCCUCCAUCAACGAGUACCAGAAGAUGAUGACUCAGACUGCGGACUCCGAAACAAGCAUUUGCAACAUCAUUGAGUAUAGCGUGAAUCGCACACAACGCCAGGUGGCCGCCUCUUUGCUGGAUGAUCCGGAUCAUGAGUGCACGGUGAAUGUGAGUCCGUCCAGUUAUACCAACAAUUUAAUUGUUGCCGCUGCCGGUUUGGUGGCUUAUAUGCUCGCCGGUUUUCUGGUCAAUCUCGUUGGCUUCAAGCGCAUCAUGUCUAUGGCCCUCUUUAUCGCCGGCUCCUGUGCCAUUGGCAUGUAUUGGUCGAGCUCAGCGGCCACCACAGUGGCGCUUGCCUCCAUCUUUGUGACAAUGGGCAGCAUUUCGGCAACGUCUGUGAUCAGCGCCUCGCUCAGCAUGUUUCCCACUGCUCUGCGCACCAUGAUUGUAUCGCUUAGCAUGAUGGUGGGUCGCAUGGGCUCCUUGCUGGGCAACAUUUUCUUUCCAGCUCUCAUGAGCUUGGGCUGUGUGCCGCCUUUUCUCAUGAUCAGCUUCUUCAUGUACUUUGCCUGUUUGUUGGCCUCAUUUUUGCCCAUGAAGAACAAGGCUGUGCUUAAGUAGUAGCAAACAAUUUCCAUAUUCAUCAGCAUUAAUCCCGAUCAAUUUCUCUCACCUCUUUGCUGCUAGAUUUAGCUAUUUUUUUUUUUUUUUUUUUUAUUGUCUCUUGUCUCUUGUGUGUUAUUAAAACUUAAUUUAUUGCAAAAGCGACCUUUGUUGGAUGAUUUAAUUUGUAUGCAAUUCCAACUGGUUGUCAAUUUCCAUAAACUUUGCUUAAUUGCAGUUGGGGCUUCCCUUGUGCAUAUAUUAACACCAAAAACGCGAAUGCCAAAGGCAAGCAGCGCCAAAGUAAAGCACCAACAGCAGCAGAAGCAGCGCCAAGCGAAAGUAGAAGGCGAAACAAAAAUGCAAAAUAAAAAAAGGAAAACACAAAACUUUCCCGCCCCAAACACACAUUGUUGUUGUUGUUGUUGUUGUUGUUGGCCAAUGGAAAAUAACGACAACAACAACGACGUCGACGACGACGACGACGACGACGAUGGCCGUGUAAUUGAGUUGAUAACUGCGAAUAACAUAGAAUGUUAAUCAGUUUUGUGCUCCAUACCUGACGCUCGCUCUGAUAGCAGCUGCGAUAGUAACGAGUAGUCUAAACUACAUUGAGUGGCUGCUGCCAACCACAAAACGGAAUGGAGAAUAUACAAAAUGUAUUUGAGGUGAACUAAAACUUUGCUUUAAGGUAAAUACGAUUAGCAAAGGAAUAGAGUAAUGCGAUCUGACAAAGUAUUUUAUACUUGCUAAGCGAGAAAGUUUGUUUUCACCGCAGUUUAAAGAGAAAUAUAUUUGUAUGUAUAUUAGCAAGUAAUUUGAGUCCAACUAGAA